AUGAAAGAUUGCCAAAUUUGGCAACAACCUUCAAAACACGUUACUUGUGAUUUUAAUACUAUUCCAUUUUUAAAAUAUGUAUCGAAAGAAGCGAUUUUCAAUGGAAAUUCUUCGAUUCCAUGCAAUAUUCUUCACGUGCUGCAUUUACAAGAAUUUCAUGAUAUAAAUGUUUCAGACAGAAUUGAUUUAUGUCGGUAA